ACUUCUUCCGGCCUCGUGGUACGUGUUCGAGCCUCGUUUGGCAUUUUCGCCGAUAAUGGCGAUGCUGUGUAUCUUGCUGUUGAUCCUGUCACCUCUUGUCUUGAUGGACCGGAUACGGCAGCCUCCUGUUUGUGCGUUGAGAUAGCACCACUUUUUACUGGUCUUGCUGUCAAGCAGUCUUAUAUGGAGGAUUUUUCGGCUUCUAUCCGAACUACUCUUCGUUUACCAUAUUCAGUGCUUGUUCAGGCUUCCGCCCCAGCCGAAAGCCCAGAUCGCCCUGACAACAAUCCAAUAAGCGCAAUCCUAGCCUUACGCACUGAUCCCGGGCUGCCCAGCCAGUCGCCCCGCGGUGGAGCCUGCCAAUUGUUUAUUGGCACCAUACAGGGUGGACUGUACACUAUCUCUUUGUCCGAUCACCGACUGACAGAGAGCUGGUUGGCUGGACGAGAGAAUCAUUUGUCGCUUCUUCGCACGAAACAUUUGUCAGAUUCUGGCCAAAAGUGUCAACAGUUGCGGCGCAUGGCUUCUUGUGGCGAAAUAUCUAACGCAAAGGGCAAUCAACCGAAAGAACUGUUCUCUUCUCUCCAACGAAGCUGCUCUAACUCAUCCCAUCAGACCAAGUCGGACAAAGAGGUCCUAGCAGACUUGAAGUACAGAUCAGCUGCGCUGCCGCAUUCAUUUGCCACCAUCAGUAGCACUUCCUCGUCGAACCUAUCUUCACAUUCCUUCUCCACUGGUCCAUUAUCUUCCUCUUCUUCUUCCUCUUCUUCUUCUUCUUCUUCUUCUUCGUCUUCUUCUUCUUCCGGUCUCUUGUUCUCCUCCAUCGCCUCCACCUCUGCUUCUCAUCUGCUCUCCUCAUCCUCCUCGUUGCUAUCUCGACACGGAUCAGACUCACUCAGUGUAAGUUCAUCUACGCUUAGCGAUCAGCCGUCGACAUGGCGACGCCUCCUCGGCCAUGAACUGCCCUCGCUCGACGCGAAGCAUCGUAGCUCCUCGCAUCGCGUCUGUCCCUCGGUGUUGGGCCCAGCUGGGGUCACUUGUUUGGCCGCCUGUUCCCAGUUCAGCCUCGUGGCCAGUGGAGAUGCCAGAGGUAGAGUGCUUGUUUGGGACUUGAAUGCGGCAAUUUCGGCGGGAAACGGCGCAGAGUCGGGUCUGUCGUCAAGCGGUCUUCUGUAUGCGCUGAUCCCGGGUCAUGGUUGCUUCCUACCCAGCGGCGGCAGUGGACAGCGCGACGGAUCAGACGGCCAGACGGUGGAAGGUGGUGAUGAAGAGGCGGCAGGAAAAGAGGAGACGGAUACGGAAGAGAGCAGGAUCGGUUGUAAAGAAGUGACGAAUGAUGAGACUGAUAGAGACAAGAUGAGGCGGACACAAAAAACAGGAGUUUAUCGAGCAGAUGAGCUUGGUCCGGAGAGCCAGGCGUCAUUUGUUGGCGUUUCCAAUCACCAUUUCACGCUUGAGGCUGGAGAGCAAGAUAAAGAUGAACCGGCGAGUUGUGGAGACACGGAUCAGAGGAGAGGUAAUACACCAGAAAGAACCGAAACAGUAGAGCAUGAGUCAGCAGCGGGAGGUUCUCGAGAAGCCGGCAUUGAAUCAGCUGUACUUCAGCCAGUUGAUACAAAAAGUUCACUUACUCACAAGGCAAGUAUACAUAAUUCUUAA